AUGAUUGAAAGUAACCGUACGAAAAAAUAUGAAUACAAUUCAGAAAAUUCAUGUAAAUUAAACAAUAUCCGGUCGACGCUCUAAGAGCCUUAGCACAAUAGAACGUCAAAAGUACCGUAUACUCCAAGUUCAUGUUUUACAAGAUGGCGAUCAAACUCUUCCUUGCUGUCGCCGUUUUCUCUUUUGUGUGUGUUUUGAGUAGUCCUGGUCAAUACUGCACAUACAGUUACCAGUGUCCUAAUAACCAAGUCUGCUGUGGCAAUAAAUGCACCAAAGGUUCAAGCUGUGUCGGCCAAUUCUGCGUCAGAGAACUCCCCGGGUACUGCUUGCCAUCAGAAACUUGCUGCAACUUAAAAUGCGUGAAGGGACCGAACUGUCUUGGUCGUCAGUGUUAUAUCGAUUUUGAAUGCAGCUUUAAAGAAAAAUGUUGCGGCAGAAAGUGUGUGAAGGAAACAACUUGUCUUGGCUGUACGUGUGAUUUUGAUUCACAAUGUGGUGGGCCUCUAGAAAAAUGCUGCCUGAAUAAAUGCACCAACUCAAGCUGUGUCGGCAAUCACUGCAGCAGCUCUUCAGACUGUUUUUCAUCAGAAUCUUGCUGCAACAAUGUGUGUGCGAAGGGACCGAAUUGUCUUGGCCAUCAGUGUGUUACUAAUAGUGACUGCUCUUGGACUCAAAAAAACUGGGAUCAAGAAAAAUGCUGUGUUGAUAAAUGCAUUAAAUCAACCGAUUCCUGCAUGGACAGUGGAUACAUAGCCCUGAUUGUUUUGAGUGCCGUAGGUUUCGUCGUAUUCUGCACAUGUGUUGUUAUUAGAAAGAAACUUCAAUCGCAGCGAAGUGGCCAAGUUAUUACCCAGAAGCCGUAUCAACAGUUCGACAACGAGGGAAACAGGGAAACAAUCUCUCAAGGAACUUUCCCUUCCGUUCCAGCUCCAGAAAAAAUGGUUUCGCAAGAGACAACCGCUUGAAGAGCCAAUAUGAUGUUAAACGAAACCUCUAAGAAAGAACAGUUAAGUUUGAACCCUGUAUGAUAUUUGUAAACAGUUUUUCUGUUUAAUUUAAUUGGUAACUGUUUUAUUGUGUGGUGCUAUGAUCGCUUUCGAUUCAGUUAAAAUAUAAUAUUGAUUGAGUGAAGAUUCAAAGGCAUACAUCAGCUAGAGUCCAUGAACCUCUUGCCUUUAAUAGUCUGUCACUCGAUGUAUUUUAUUAUUUAAAAUUAAUUUUCAUAGCAAUUAUGGUAAUAUUUUAGUGUGAUCACUCUAUAUAGUGUACUAUAAAGGGUUUUUUUUCGUAUGAUUUUCAAUAAAGGCACGGAUCAUGACACAGACA